GCCCGUGGUAUCUGGCUGUGUCCACCGAAGCAGGUCAACAUCAAGAAUGCCGUCAAUAUUUUUCGAAGAUUCAGAAAACGCCGCAACAAACGGCAUUGAAGAUAUCAAUAUGGAUACGACCCCAAAAGUCAAAAAAGUCAAGAAGGACAAGACCAAGGAUGGAAAGAUCAAGAAACAGAAACCGGUUGCUGAAGAGCAGCCUGAUGAAUGUCAGCCACCAACUCCCAAAAAGAAAAAAAAAGAGAAAAAGGACACAGCCAUAGGAGACUUGACUGAUGUGAACGGCAACUCUCAUUCCACUGAAGGGCUUAAUGGUGACACAAUAAUUGUGAAAAAGAAAAAGAUCAAAACGGACACAACAGCCAAUGAAAACCUGGCAGUGACGCCAAAACUCAUAGCAAAAACCAACGGACAUUCCACAUCAACCACGCCAGCGCAGUCUAGUGAGGACUCCUGCAGUGAUAGUGACAAGGAGAUGCUUCCGAAAGAAACCCCAGAACAGAAAGUAGGAGCAUUCAAAAACUUCAGGAUAACCCCACCCACAAUCAAUCUCCUCAAAGCUCGUGGAGUUACACACCUUUUUGACAUCCAAGUGAAGACCUUCGACAGUGUGUACGACGGGAAAGAUGUGAUUGCUCAGGCCAGAACUGGGACAGGAAAAACCUUCUCUUUUGCCAUACCGCUUGUGGAGAAAAUUUUGGCCGAUGGAGAAGACAAAACAAGGGGAAGAGCCCCAAAGGUUUUGGCUCUGACACCAACAAGAGAGCUAGCCAUUCAAGUGGCUAAAGACUUCAAAGACGUUUCCAGGAAACUGUCUGUUACAUGCUUUUAUGGUGGAAGUUCAUACAACCCCCAGGUUGACGCUAUUAGAAUGGGUAUUGAUGUGCUGGUGGGAACUCCUGGGCGAAUCAAAGACCAUCUCGACAACAACAAACUGGACUUGUCCCAACUGAAGCAUGUGGUACUGGAUGAAGUAGACCAAAUGCUUGACAUGGGUUUUGCAGAUUCAGUGGAGGAGAUUCUGUCCUAUUCGUAUGAAAAAGACUCACCAGCCAACCCUCAGACCCUUCUCUUCUCUGCCACCUGCCCGCAGUGGGUGUACGCGGUGGCGAAGAAGUACAUGCGACCUGAAUGUAUACACGUGAACCUGAUUGGCAAGAAUACCCAGAAAGCUGCCACCACUGUUGAACACCUGGCCAUAGCCUGCCACUGGUCUCAGAGGGCCGCUGUCAUCGGAGAUGUGGUGAAGGUGUACAGCGGAGACAAUGGCCGUUCCAUCGUCUUCUGCGAGACCAAGAGAGAGGUCGAUGAGCUCGCCAACAACAUCAAACAGAACUGCCAGUCGCUCCACGGAGACAUUCCUCAGAAGCAGAGGGAGAUCACACUGAAGGGCUUCAGAGCCGGCUCCUUUGAGGUCCUCUGCGCCACCAAUGUUGCUGCGCGAGGACUGGACAUCCCUGAAAUCGACCUGGUGGUGCAGUGCGCCCCUCCCAAGGACGUGGAGUCCUACAUCCAUCGGUCUGGCCGGACAGGCAGAGCUGGCAGAACGGGCGUGUGUAUCUGUUUCUACCAGCGCAAAGAGGAAGACCUGCUCCGAUGCGUAGAACAGAAAGCCGGCAUCACCUUCAAGCGUGUUGGUGUGCCCACAGCCAAUGACAUCGUUAAAUCCUCCAGCAAAGAUGCCGUAAGGUUUCUGGACGCCAUUCCUCCAGCUGCUGUGGGGUAUUUCCGGGAGGCAGCAGAGAAGCUGAUCGAGGACAGGGGGGCUGUGGAGGCCUUGGCGGCUGCCCUCGCUCACAUCUCGGGGGCGGGCAGCCUGGAGCAGAGGUCCCUCCUCAACUCUGAUGCUGGUUACACAACGAUGCUGCUGACCUGCUCCAUUGAGAUGCACAGCAUCGGCUACGCCUGGCGCGGCCUCAAGGAACAGCUGGGGGAGGAGAUCGACAAUGAGAUCCAACGCAUGGCUUUCCUCAAGGGGAAAAAGGGUGUCUGCUUUGAUGUUCCAGUUGACAAAGUGAAAAGCUAUCAGGAGGCCUUUUCAGAUGGUCGCCGGUGGCAGUUGGUCGUUGCCACGGAGCUACCCGAAAUUGAGGAAAGCAUGCGUAACCAUGGCGACAGAAACGGAUUUGGCGGCGGCGGUGGUAGGGGACGUGGUGGCGGCCGUGGAUUUAGCAACAACAGAAGGGGAGGAGGUCGAGGAAGAGGAGGUUUCGGACAGAAACGCAGCUUCAGCAAGGCUUUUGAGUAACCGAGGGCCUACAUUUGGACUUGUGGUGACUGUUGUCUGCUCUUUGGGCUGAAGUUUUUGUGGUGUUUUGGGGGGAAAGCUGCUCCAUGCUGGAACGUCACUCCCCAAAAUGUUCAUGCUAUGAGCUGAUUGCUUUGCAAUUUGGUAUUUAAAUGUCACUUGAAAUAAACCCAUUCACUUGAAUGUGAUGAAUUCAUUAAACAUCGUCUUAUAAGAA